UGUAGUAAACACGGCCUGCGGAGGCAGACGCUGAGGGAGGACCAGGGGAUGGACUUGGAAUCUGGAAAUGGUGUGUUUGGAGAAGCUGCCCUUGGAGCAAGGGAUUGCAGAGUGUCCGGAAGAUGUCACUGACCCCCCGCCGUCACUUGGACACCUGGGGAGUGAGUGACCUGCACCCACUAGCAUGCCUGGAUGGUUUAAAAAGGUGUGGUAUGGUCUGGCAUCUUUACUCAGCUUCUCCUCCUUCAUCCUGAUCAUUGUGGCCCUGGCAGUGCCCCACUGGCUCAGUGGGAAAAUCCUUUGUCAGACUGGAGUGGACCUGGUCAACGCCACUGAUCUGGAGCUGGUCAUGUUCAUUGGGGACAUUUACUACGGGCUCUUCCAAGGGUGUAAGGUGCGCCAGUGUGGGCUCGGAGGCCGCCAGUCCCAGUUCACAAUCUUCCCACACCUGGUGAGGGAGCUCAAUGCCGGCCUCCACGUGAUGAUCCUGCUGCUCCUCUUCCUGGCUUUGGCUCUGUCUCUGGUCAGCAUGGGCUUUGCCAUCCUCAACAUGGUCCAGGUUCCCUACAGGGCAGUCAGUGGCCCCGGGGGCAUCUGCCUAUGGAAUGUCCUUGCAGGCGGAGUCGUGGCACUGGCCAUAGCCAGCUUCAUGGCCGCGGUGAAAUUUCACGACCUAACAGAACGAAUCGCCAACUUCCAGGAGAAGCUCUUUCGCUUCGUGGUGGUGGAAGAACAGUACGAGGAGUCGUUUUGGAUCUGCGUGGCCAGCGCCUCGGCCCAUGCUGCAAACUUGGUUGUGGUGGCAAUCAGUCAAAUUCCCCUCCCAGAGAUUCAGACCAAAAUAGAAGAGGCCACAGUCACAGCUGAGGAUAUCUUGUAUUAAUCACCUUCUCCUGCUCACACCUUUUCCUAAGUCAGUUUUGUAGUGCGAAUGGAGACAUCGGGUUUUUGCAGGCCUGCAGGCCCGAAUGUCCAGUUCUUGGCAGUAAGAAGAGAAAGCGGAAGGAGGGAGGGUGGUCCCGGGGCCAGAAAAGGAAAUGUUCCCAGAUUUCUGACGUCUCUGUCCUUCUCUUUCACUGGGGUGGAGCUGGAGAUUCUGUCACUUGCCAUCUGUGCGUGACAGUGGAUGGAUCGCUUAUUGUCUACUUCUUCAUCUAUAAAAUGGGGAUAAUAACAAUCUCAUGAGGUUGUAAAGAAGUUUAAAUGGGUGACAGGGCUGCCAGCUUUUGUAUCAAUAUAAUAUGCAUCUACAAUUAGAGCUCUCUGCAAAUAUAAGGUACUGAGCACUCCAAUAAAUGCCUACAAAACCCUGCUCUGUUCCAGACAAUACUGGGGGUUGCAAAGAGGUAUAACAUAAUGUCCUGCCCUCCAGAAACACCUAAUCUUUACACGUGACACAGGACUCAGCAACAAUGACAAUGAGUGAAAGUACCCACCUCUUUUUUUAAGUGGUUACUACAUACUAGACACUGUUCUAAGAGUUUUACAUGUUAAGUCCUCACUACAAAUUCAUAUUGUCCAUAAUACUUUAGUCCCAUUUUAAAGAUGAAGAAACUAAAGCAUAGAGAGGGUGGGAGCUUGCUGAGGUUAGAAAUUCAAUCAGAAGUUGAGGACCGGAGUUUAUACUUGUAACCACGUUGCUAAUCUGUUGCUUGGUGGCCAAGCAAUCGCAAGGCAAUGUGAUUGAUGAUAUAAAAGUACGUGCGAAAAGGACCAAAGAAGGAAUUAAUUCAUAGGGAUGCGGUGUGAUACUAAAGAAAGUAUCAUGGAGUUGACAGUUGAUCUGAACUUUGAAAGAUAAGUAGACUUUUUCCAGUGGUGAAGUAGGGUUAGAGAAGGGCAUUCCAGGAUGAGUCAUUAAUGAGAGGGAGGUACGUGGGAUGACGUUACCAGGAGGGCUUCGAAGCAUGUGAAUACCCACUGGGAUUAGAAUGUUGCUCUAAUAACUCCUGUUAGAUAAGCCCAGCUAUUUUGUGUUGGGUUUUCCUAAGUGAAACUGUGAUGAUUAAUUAUAUAUGGUGACUUGGCUAGGCCAUAGUGCCCCGAUAUUUGGUCUAUUCUAGAUGUUUCUGUGAAGGUUUUUGGAUGAAAGUUUUUUUUGGAUGGAACUAAUGAUUAAGUCAGAAGACUGUGAGUAAAGCAGAUUGCCCUCCACCGUGGGGUGUGCCUCAUCCCAUCAGUUGAAGGCCUGUAAAAAAGCCUGUUCUCCCGUAAGGGAUUUGGAAUUCUGCAAGCAAACUGCCACUGGACUCAAACUGCAGCUCUUCCCCGGAGCUCCAGAAGGCCCGCCUAUCCUGCAGAUUUUGAACUUGCAAGUCUCUACCAUUGGUUCAUUAUGCAAACCAAUUCUUAAAAAAAAAAAAUUCUAUCUCUCUCUUUCC